UCCAUGUCAUAUGAAAUAUCAAAAGAAGCGCGCAUCUUAGAUCAAUGGCUGCAAAAUAUACUGCGAGUAGCCUUUCCAGAUACCUUGAUGGGGAAUUCUGGGCAACCAAAAAUCUCAUUCGGGAAGAGAUCUCCAAAUGCGAUUUAUUUCAGUCAAGCAGCUACGACCUAACUUUGGACCAGUCAAGAGACCUGACGGCGGAGAGACUACGUUAUGUAUUAAAUCUCCCAACAAUGCGUCUUCACCUUAAAGAUCAGGUGAAAGACAAGAAGAACAGGUUCAUAACGAAAAGCCUGGGCAUCACAGAGCUCGUAUGUUCUGCUGAUAUGGCCACUGGUGUAAAGCUGGGAGUUGUGUGUGGACUUUAUGGAGGUGCUGUCACUAACUUGGGGUGCCCCGAGCAGGUGGAGAAAUGGUAUCUUCCUGUGUCAGAGCUGGAGUUCACAGGGAUGUUUGCUAUGACAGAAAGAGGCCAUGGUAGUAAUGUACGUGGAAUCCUGACCGAGGCUCAUUAUGACCCUGCUACUCAGGAGUUCAUAAUCCACACACCAUGUGAAGAUGCCCAAAAGAUGUACAUUGGGAAUGCUAUGAAGGGAAACUACGCAGCUGUGUUUGCCCAGCUUACUGUGAAUGGAGAGUCCCAAGGGCCACACUGUUUCAUUGUGCCAAUCCGUGACCGUGACGGAGUUUUGUGUCCUGGAGUGACUGCCAUUGACAUGAAGCACAAAGAGGGUCUACAUGGAGUUGACAACGGUAUCCUGAUAUUUGACCAUGUUCGAAUACCUCGCGAAAACUUGCUGAGAAAGUUUGGCAGUGUUUCGGGCGAUGGACUCUACUCCUCUCCCAUUCAGAGCAAGAGCAGUCGCUUUAAUGCUAUGCUGGCAGCGCUGACUCCCACAAGGCUGGGCCUGACUGUACAAGCCAUGGCUGCCAUGAAGCUGGGACUCAUCAUUGCAGUGCGCUACAGCCACAGCCGGAGGCAGUUUGGUCCAAAGGACCAGGAUGAGGUAAAGAUAAUCGAGCACCAGACGCAGUACUUGAGACUGAUGCCGCACCUGGCAGCUGCCCUAGCUCUCACCUUCACCACCAGAUAUGCCUCCCAUAUGAUGGAUGAAGCACUUUCUGAAGGGCAGGACUUGCAGUCUAACCGCUCUCUUCAGGCUCUUGUGGCAGGGCUGAAGGCAUAUAGCACCUGGGAGAAUCUGGCCUGUUUGCAAGAGUGUCGUGAGUGCACUGGUGGCAUGGGUUUUAUGAUGGAGAACAGAAUUCCAGCACUGAGGUGCGACUCAGAUGUCUUUGUGACUUUUGAAGGGGACAAUGUGGUUAUGCUGCAGGUGGUGGUGCGUGAGCUCAUGACCCAGUACACCAGACAGUUGGGAAACAGUCCAGUGAGUGGUCUUCUCAGAACUUGGGCCAGCUCUGCAUCGGACAACCUGAGAACCAGCUUUAUAGGCUUCAACGUAGAUAAGAUUGGAGACCUAAAUUUUCUUCUGAAAGCUGUAAGCUAUAGGGAGAGGGUGUUACAACGCAGUUUAGCAGCGCGUCUUUACGCUAAGGUGGAGAAGAACAAAGAUGAAUUUUUCGGUGCCUGGAACUCCUGUCUUCAUCAUGUGACCGGUCUUGCUCUUGCACAUGUACAUAGAGUAACUCUGGAGCAGUUUGCACUGGCCAUUCAAGAAUGCCAGGUCAAAGAAGACCAUGCCUUGCUAACCAAGUUCUGCCUUCUUCAUGGCACCAGUUUGGUGUAUCAGGAACGGGCGUGGUACCUUGAACAUAACUACCUAACCCCGACCACCAGUAAGCAGAUCCGAAACCAGCUGUUGGAGCUCUGCAGGUCAGUGAAGGAUGAAGCUUUGAAAGUGGUGUCUGACUUCAACAUCCCCUCGUGCUGUAUCCAAGCCCCCAUUGCAGGAGUGACCAACCCCAGGGCAACAUGGGCUUUCUACUCCAUACCCGAGCAUCCUGGAGACGAAACAAGCCUGCUCUCUAAGCACAAGAUCAAUGCCAAGCUGUGAGAAUCCCUCUAGGGUGACUGACAGCUUGCUAAGAGAGUAAAACGAAGGAGAGGUGUGUGAUAUCAUAAAGGAGGCAAUGGAACCUUCCAUGGGAGCCAAAAGAAUGGUCAGUUGUAUUGAUCUCCAUUGAAGUGUUGGCUCCCAUGGCAGUCAUUGCUUCCUCAAGAGACUUACAAUGUUCUCUCCUUCGGUUUUCAGGCUCUUUAUAGAAUACUUUAUGUGAGCAUUGCUCACCACCAGCAGUUGAGCAUUGCUCAUACCUCCAAAUAGGACCAAGUCUAUUGUGCUGUAGGCUACAGAACAUGCUAUCUUAUGGGAAUGUAUUAUUCUCAAGGAGUUACCAGGAGUUUUAUUAGAUCUUAUCUUUUGAGUGACUUCAUAUGAAUCAACCUCUGUGUUUGUUAUAGAUUUGUGAGCCCACAGUCUAGCGAGCUGGGAUAAUAUCUUAAUUUAUGUUUCUUGCAUAUAAAGUGGACUGCAACCAACUGAAAAGCUGCACAGUGUGAAAUAAUUACCAUUCCACUAAAUGGGGAAAACCUGAAAGGGUUUGGAUAAUUGAUGAUUUCAAAUAAGACCAGAAUAUGACUUAAAAUGCCUCUGGACCACAUGUACUGCAUGGUCUGUGUUAGCUCCCUUUGAAUCCCAAACCAAAAUGCUAAUAUUUGCGUGUAAUAUGUGCGACCAUACUGACUGCUUUGCAAAUUAGGCCAGUUUCCCUAGAGCAGGUCUUGAAUAUAUAUAUCCAUUGUAUGUCUCACUUUGAAAGAUUAGUUGUAGAGAAUAGCUUCUCCCUCAGGACAUAAGACAUCUACUGUAAGCAAAGCAGUUAGUAUGUGCAGCCCACACAGUUCCUGUAGCAUGCAGGCAACUUUGCUCUGGUCCUGGGGUUUAUUUCGGUUUGCUUUGAAUAAUCAUGCAUGGAGUGGUGUUGUCAAUAAAAACUUUUGAAUGGGGCUUUACUGAAAUAGGUGCCUCAUAGCAUUCAUGACUCUAAUGUUCAGUGGACCAAACUGGUAAUAAUGUCUCAUUAAUAAGUUUAGCUUGGCCAAAGAAUCAAAAAUUCUUUGUUUCUUUCUAACAGAUGCAGUUUCUUUCUGACAAAUGUGCCAUGAUUUAAGGUUAUUGAAUGCUGCAAAACCCUGUGUAUGCCUUCUCUCUCUCUUAUGAUUGUAUAUGUGCAUGGUGAACACUAUUGAUGGAGUUGUUUUAUUAUGUGUAACAUUACUGGUAAUUGUUAUAAAUCAAAUAUUUCUCUAAGUAUUUCUCACAACAACUUGCCAUUUGGAGAGCUAUAUUGAAACAGUGCUUAUUGUUUAGUGUAUUACACAUGUAACAAAAUUCAUAUUAAAUGCACUUUAUGGCUUUGCUUAA